UAUAAAAUGGCUGCGCCCAUGGAAGUUGAUAUUCGACGAUGUAAAUACUAUGUAAAGAGGAAAGGAAGAUUUUGCAAGCUUAUUCCAGGUGUAGGAAAGCAUUACUGUGGUGAACAUAUAUUAUUUUCGCCUGACGAAGAUGAAGCUGGUGAAAGAAAACGAAUUCCUUGUCCUGUUGAUCAUAAACAUACAAUAUUUGAAGACCAGCUCAAAAAACACCUCAAGAAGUGCAAUGCAAAGUUAAAGCAAAACUAUGAGUACUAUAAGAAAAACAUAAAUGCUGGUUCAGAUGAUGAUACUGACAAGCAACCAAAGAUAUCACUCCAGUCAAUGGAUCUGGACCGAUUAAAAUCGAUCAUCUCCAAAGUGAAGAAAUGUUACAGUGUUAAUAAAAUUGAUUUGAGAGAUGAAGUUUUGGACCAUGAAGUUUUUCACGAGGAAUUGGAGGACGCUAUGAAUGGAGCAUCUGCCCGUAAGCAUCUUUUACAGCAAGCUUCCUUGCUUGGGCACCUACGGAAGAAGGGAUUACUUACAAACAAGACCUGCUUUAUAGAAUUUGGAGCUGGUAGAGGUCAAUUGUCACAUUGGUUACAAAAGGCUCUUUCAGAUUCAACAGAUGUUAAGGUCAUCUUGGUAGACAGAGGUCACAACCGCAGGAAGUUGGACUGUUACCAUCAAAAUCAAGGACCAAAGUUUGAGCGACUCAACCUCGAUAUCAGUGACCUUGAGCUAGUGUCGGUUCCAGGGAUCAAGGACAAUAAUUACCCCCUUGUUGGAAUCAGCAAACAUUUGUGUGGAGCGGCAACUGACCUUGCAUUACGGUGUCUAAUGAAUUUUAAUGCCGAUUCAAGUGUUAGUGGCCUUGCGACCCUGGUCAAAGGUGAUUGUAGUAAUCCAGCAGUUGAUCAGUCCCAAGUGAAGGGUGAUGAUGGCGACCAAACAGUUUAUGAACUCCACCAGGCCAAGCGCCUGUGUGUUGCCCCUCACGAACCAAGGGAAAAAAUAUCUGGAAUAAUGUUUGCCUUAUGUUGCCAUCAUAGGUGCAACUGGAAGAACUAUGUGGGCAAGAGGUUCUUCAGAGACUUCAAUUUUACUCCAGAGGAGUUCACCAUCAUGACUCAUUUGACAAGCUGGGCUGUUUGCGGAACAAGGAAUAAACCAGAGAGCUCAGGUGAUGGUCUUGUCAAUCAAGAUAAGUCACAUGACCAAGAAAAGAGCAAUGAACAUUCUGUUGUGGAAGAACCUACAAGUAGUGAUUUCCAAUCCCAUCAACCCCAGCAGGAUGUGGAUUUAAGCAGGUCAGGUGUUCCGAGUGCAGAGGAGAGAGCCGAAAUCGGCAGGCAAUGUAAACGCCUUAUAGAUGUAGGUCGUGUCAAGUACAUGGAGGGUCACGGAUUCAACAUAGACAUGGUUCACUAUGUCCAACGUGAAAUCUCGCUGGAAAAUCUAGUGUUUAUUGCAACCCCAAAGGAGACCAGCUUACCCUAGAGGAAUCAUAACAUUGUAGUAAAAUCAGUACAAAUUAUAUUGGUAUGGGUAUGGAAGGCUGGAAAAAGCGUGCGAACGGCGGCAUCAUGAAUGUCUCUGUUGUUUCUUUCCGAGUGUUUUAUAUUCAAUAGUAUUAAAAUAACUAUGAAUGUCAUGAAACAGUAUA